UCCGGAAGCGUUCUCUCCAGGCGCCGUUUGCUUCCUGUGUGAGGCUGGCCAAGAGCUCCUGGUGCCUCUGUUUCUGUCCCCAGGUUAACCAUCAAGAUGGUGCAUGCUGAAGCCUUUUCUCGUCCCUUGAGUCGGAAUGAAGUUGUUGGUUUAAUUUUUCGUUUGACAAUAUUUGGUGCAGUAACAUACUUUACAAUCAAAUGGAUGGUAGAUGCAAUUGAUCCAACCAGAAAGCAAAAAGUAGAAGCCCAGAAACAGGCAGAAAAAUUGAUGAAGCAAAUUGGUGUGAAAAAUGUGAAACUUUCAGAAUAUGAAAUGAGUAUUGCUGCUCAUCUAGUAGAUCCUCUUAACAUGCAUGUUACUUGGAGUGAUAUAGCAGGUUUAGAUGAUGUCAUUACAGAUCUGAAAGACACAGUCAUCUUACCUAUCAAAAAAAAGCAUUUGUUUGAAAAUUCCAGGCUUUUGCAGCCUCCAAAAGGUGUUCUUCUCUAUGGGCCUCCAGGCUGUGGUAAAACGUUGAUUGCCAAGGCCACAGCUAAAGAAGCAGGCUGUCGAUUUAUUAACCUUCAGCCUUCGACACUGACAGAUAAGUGGUAUGGAGAAUCUCAGAAAUUGGCUGCUGCUGUUUUCUCCCUUGCCAUAAAGCUACAGCCUUCCAUCAUAUUUAUAGAUGAAAUAGACUCCUUUCUACGAAACCGUUCAAGUUCUGACCAUGAAGCUACUGCUAUGAUGAAAGCUCAGUUUAUGAGUCUCUGGGAUGGGCUGGAUACUGAUCAUAGCUGCCAGGUUAUAGUGAUGGGAGCUACUAAUCGUCCUCAGGAUCUGGACUCGGCUAUAAUGAGAAGAAUGCCUACGAGAUUUCAUAUCAACCAGCCUGCUCUGAAACAAAGAGAAGCAAUCCUGAAACUCAUCUUGAAAAAUGAAAAUGUGGAUAGGCAUGUGGACCUGUUAGAAGUUGCCCAGGAAACUGAUGGGUUUUCAGGAAGUGACCUAAAAGAGAUGUGUCGAGAUGCUGCCCUCCUCUGUGUCAGGGAAUAUGUUAAUUCUACAUCAGAAGAAAGCCAUGAUGAAGAUGAAAUUCGGCCUGUGCAACAACAGGACCUGCAUCGGGCAAUUGAAAAGAUGAAGAAAUCAAAGGAUGCAGCAUUUCAGAAUGUUUUAACACAUGUUUGUUUAGAUUAAGAGUACAGAUCGUUUGUACAGUUCAAUGUGACCUAGUUUGGCGUGCUCUCUUAUCAUUAAUGGAAGUAGAAUGGAAGGAGGAGUGUUCUGUAAACAGUGAGCAAGUUAGAUGUUUAUGACACUGGUUUUAUACUCUGAAUUCUAAGUUAUUGAGAUAUAGUUGUUAUAUAAACGGUAUUACUACUUGUCAGAAAUCAUGAGGAGGAACAAUUUAAUCCAGCUUGAACGUGGGUGCUGGUGUUUGACCUCUUUAGCCAUAUGUUGCAGCCUUAUAGCAUCUAAGCUGGUCUUAAAGUAACAAAUGAUUCAUUGAGUCAUUAGUGAGAAAUGGGGAUGUGGUUAAGUGCUGGUUUCUAGACGUGUGAGUGUGUGUGUGUGUAUGUGUGUAUGUAUUAAAUGUAUAUAUUCACACAUUUUAUAUUGACAUUCUGUAGAUACGUUUGAAUACAGAAACUUUUUUUUACCCCAAAUACUGAAUCAAAAAGUACCACAUUAUAUAUAGCAAAACUGAGAUAUAAGGUUGUGUCUAAAAGGUACAGUGAUUCAGCCAUUUCCAUUUGUCACUUGUUUCACCUUUUUUUUAAGUUGAGCAUUUCUCUGCAGUUGAAUAUUUGGAAUCAGCCACAUCUGAAUACUUAGAUUUGGCUCAAUUGUUACAGUUGUCAGGAUAAUCAAAUAAAAAUACUUGUUCAGUGAUCAACAUUGAAUGGUUGUCAGGCAGUUGUGAGCUCAACAUUGAUUUCACCUCUUUCUGCAAGCACACUGAGUAGAGACAUUUUUUAAAUUGAUAUACUUAAAGGUGGAUUGAAAGCCUUUCAAAAGAAUGGCUUGGAAAAACAGUGCCAUUCAAUAUAUGUGUGUGACUUUCUUCAUUUAAUGUAACAUAGUUCUGUUGUAACCAUGGUUUUUUUAAUGUUAUUUUUAAGUUGUAUGUUCCUUAAUUAUGGUCAAAUAUAAUUUUGUCAGCAAAAAUGAAAUGAUAGUUUAAAACAGGUAGCUAUUACUAAAUGUGCUAAAAAUACUCAUUUUGUAACUUUAAUUUUUUGUUUUCUUAGCAUAUUACAAAUUAUGGCCUAAUUAGUACACAUAUACACAUCAAAAUUCCCAUAUUGUGUCUGUAGUCGUUUGAUGCUAUGUGCCCUGCAUAUGAAACAUAUUUUUUUGUCCAAAAUUUCACUAACGAGAAUUCUGUUAGAGGCACUUAAAACGCACAGCAUGAGGAACAUGGCACAAUACGAUCUUGAGGUGCCUUCUGAAUCAUCAGAAAGAUUAAAUGAUGCUUCAUAUAUUUUUGUUUUUAUUGUAUUUCUUUGAAAACUCUCAAUCUUUAUGCAUGAGUUAUUGGAUUAGUUUCUUUGAUAAUAAGUCUCUCACUGGAACCUAUUGGGUAGUUUAUUCAGUUAUGCUUUGAAUGGUGGGUGGGGUAGAGGUUGCAGGAGAACACUUUGGAUAACAAAAAGCAAGUUUUGAAAAAUUGUGAAGACGAUCAAAAAAUUGAAUGCAACAAGAUACCAAAAAUAAAAAAUUUCGUCUCCAUUUUUAAUAACUAUAUUAUACUAUUAUUUUAUAAAUGUAUAAUAAAGAGGUCCCUCUUUA